CCAUUAAUACUACCAUAAAUUCUACAUUUUUCUUUGUACAAUCAUAUAUAAAUUCUACAAGUUUUAUUUAAAGAUGUGAAUCUUUCUCCCCACCAAUGAAUUGAAUAUAAAGUCUCCAUUUUUAUCGUCUGGGUUCACACUUGGCACAUUUCACAAUUUCCUCUCACACUCGUACUCAUAUAAAUAGCCCACCAUUUCUUUAUCUUCCUCUUCAUCUCACUCUCAAAAACAGAACCUUAUACAAAAAUGUCUAAAGCCACUACGUUUUUCGUUGUGCUCCUCCUCCUCUUCUCUCUCUCCUCUGCUGCUCGUCGCGCCCCCACCGCCAACGAGAGCGUGGAAGCCACAAAUAAGGUUACUGAAGAAGGAACCCAAGUGGAAGAUAGCUGCAAAGGAAUUAGUGAAGAUGAGUGUUUGAUGAGAAGAACCCUCAACGCCCAUACCGAUUAUAUUUAUACUCAGCAACAUAACCCAUGAAAAUUAUCGCUUUCAUAUAUAUUUUUUAUUGUUAAUUAUAUGAGAUAUAUGUAGGGUUGUGAUUAUAUAUAUAUAUGUUCACCAUAUGAUAGUGCCUCUACUUCCCAAAUAUUUCUCAGUUUGUUAUUGUUGUUAUUGAUAAAUAUAUGAUGAAAAAUAUUCCCACUUGAUCCUAUGUGUUAAAAGAAAUAUAAUAUUCCCAAUUCCCCCAAAA